CAUCUAUGGUCAGGAGGUGAUGGCAGCGCUGACUGAGCUUCACCACUACUGUUACCCCUUCCCACAGAUGGACACCGGCCACCUGCACGCCUGAGCCUGCACCCAGCACUGUCUCCCCCCCCCCCUCUCCUUCUGCCUCUCCUCACUCAUUUCCUACCCCUCCCUCCAGCCACCACUUGCUUUCCCUGCCUCCAUCAUUCCUCCUCCCGUCCCUCAAUCCAAUUUCCCCCAUCUGGUUUUUCGCUGUACCUCAGCGAUCCUACUCGAUUAUGGCAUACUGCGGCCGCUCUCUGGACUCCCCGUGCACACUGGCCCUGCUGGUGGGCUUCCAGUUUGCCUUUGUCCUCUACUUCUCCCUCGGGGGCUUCCGGGGCCUUGUAUCCGUCCUGGUGCACACCACCGAGCCGGAGUUUGAUUACUCCCGACCUCACGACGUCUACACCAACCUCAGUCAUCUGGGAGCGCCGCCUCCCCCGCCUCGCAACUCGGGCACUGGACCCCCCGUCACAGGGCCGCCGCUGAGAGACUGCCAGAUCCCCUCCCCACUGCUGGUCGGACCCGUGUCUGUCCUUCUUUCCUCUCCUCUGUCUCUGGAGGAGAUCCGACAGAGGAAUCCCUUGGUGUUGCCAGGCGGACACUACCGUCCUCCAGACUGUGAACCCCGCCAUCACACAGCGAUAGUGGUGCCGUACCGGAACCGGCAGACCCACCUCCGCGCGCUGCUCUACCACCUCCACCCUUUCCUGCAGAGACAACAGAUUCACUAUAGCAUCUAUAUAGUGCAGCAGUGGGGGAACGGCACCUUCAACCGAGCCAAGCUGCUGAACGUGGGGGUGCGGGAGGCCCUCAGAGAUGAAGACUGGAGCUGCAUCUUCCUGCACGACGUGGACCUGCUGCCCGAGAACGACCACAACACCUACACCUGCCACAAACAGUUCCCCACACACCUGUCUGUGGCCAUGGACAAGUUCAGAUACAGGCUGCCGUACCCCCAGUAUUUCGGUGGCGUGUCUGCAGUGACCCCAGACCAGUACAUGAAGAUGAAUGGUUUCCCCAACCUGUACUGGGGCUGGGGUGGAGAGGAUGAUGACAUCGCUGCCAGAGUGCGUCUCUCUGGCAUGAAGAUUGUGCGUCCCCCAGUGGCCAUUGGUCAUUACAAGAUGAUCAAGCACAAAGGAGACAGAGGCAACGAGCAGAAUCCACGCAGGUUUGACCUCCUGAAAAGGACCAGACUGAACUGGCGCUCUGACGGCCUCAACUCUCUGGCCUACGAGCUCCUUUCCAGAGAGCUGGAGCCUCUCUACACCAACCUCACUGUCAACAUUGGAGAAGACCCCCGCCUGCCGCAGGGGAAGGCACCCAUCCCUGUUAAGGCAACGACCCCCGUCCACCAACGUAGCACCAGCAAGAACGAGGGCACAGCCAAGAAGGAGGAGAACAGACCACAGGGCAAAGGCCCCGUGGUGGAAAAUAUGACCAAGGUAUUGGGUGAAAAGACACAACCUGCGCUGUCAAAAGCUGCAAAUCAAACAACACACAAGGAGACUGGUGCGAUGACAUAGGAAGGGGGUGUGUGACACAGAGACUGCGUCACAUCUGUAGCAUAAAGUGGCUUCCCUCUUCAUUCUGGAUCUGAAAGACCAUUCGUAGGAAUGCACUUUGGAUCUGCUCUGCUGUGGGACUUCAAGUACACCAGCUUUUUGUGCUCAGUGCAGGUUAGCGAUAGUUAUGCAAUGGAUCCAGUGAAGCAGCCACUUUUGUCUACAGGGGUGAAUUCAGGAGGACGACCCUUGGUUCAUCCUCCGAUGAACGUUACCUGCGACUGUUGCAAAACUCUGUCAGACCGACUCAGUCACAUCCACAUUUAGGUCCAGCUCUGACGAAAUGAAAAAAACCCGACAACCAACACACAAAUCUCCGCCCUCUUCUGGACAUCGCAACCCGUACGACACCCGUCUGCCGCCAGCAGACCUGCAGCUUCAUCAAGGCCGCUGCCAAAAAAACUGCCGCUGUCAGUUCGCCCCACUCGUCCAGAGUGGGUUUGUGUUUCUGUGCCUUCUAUCUUUUAUGCGCAUUUUAUAGACUGGUAGAGUUGCUUUUAGAUGCUGACCUGGGGUUCAUUUUACCUCUCCAGAAUGCCAGGGAGGUUGAAGCUGGUCCCAGACCAGAACAAAGGAUUUGUUCCAGGACUGCCGUUUUAUAUCUGUGUGCAUCGACCAAGCGUUGACCAACUCCAUAGUGAUCAGACGAUUCUAGAGUUUAUAUUUAUAUAGAGACUUCUUUAUUUGUUUACUGGUUUGUUUUACUCGUCCCUCCCCACAGUCUGGUGCCUCUCUCUCUCUCACUCUCGCUCUCUCUCUCUCUCUCUCUCUCUCUUUCUCUCUCUCUCUCUCUCUCUCUCUCUCCUACAUUUAGUUUUGUAGACAAUCAAAAGAUAGCUCGGUAGUCCAGCCCGUUACAAUGGGAGGAAAUGUCAUGACUCUCUUUACGCCUGUCAGAUAAACAUAGACUUGGCAUGAUAGCUGUUGUCCUAGUCCGACUAUACUCUUUAUACGUGGAUAGACCUGCGCGUCUGACAUUACCUGCUUUUAUAAUUUCAUCUUUUAGAUACUGUU